GAGUGCUAAAUGAAGCAUAUAUGUAUAUCCGUUUCUAUGUUAUAAGUAGAAAUAUACUGGAUUUAAAAUUGUGAUAUUUAGUUUAAGUGUGCCAAAAUAGACAAACAUGGAAGACGAUCAACAAUUUUGUUUACGGUGGAAUAACCAUCAAUCCACUUUGGUAGCAGUUUUUGAUACCUUAUUGGAAAGUAGAACUCUGGUCGAUUGUACCUUGGCUGCAGAGGGUAAAUAUCUCAACGCACACAAAGUGGUCCUAUCAGCCUGCAGUCCAUAUUUCGAGUCAUUAUUGCCUAAACAUUAUGAUAAACAUCCCAUACUUAUACUCAAAGACGUCAAAUUCCAAGAACUUAAAGCCAUGAUGGACUAUAUGUACAGAGGUGAAGUGAACAUAUCACAGGAUCAAUUAGGAGCAUUAUUAAAGGCAGCAGAAUCAUUACAAAUUAAAGGCCUUUCAGACAAUAGAAAAGGAGGGGAUGUAAAAACAGCAGCUCCAGCACCACCUAAAAGUCCUCAGCCUGCCUCAACGAUACCAAAAGUACAAGGCCUAACGAUAGAACAACGGACAAGAGAAAACAGUAGGGAGGGGUCACAGUCACCGGUUCCUCGAAAGAAAAAACGCAUGAGGCGGAAGAGUGAGGACCUAGACAAUCAUGACGUACAUUCAAAUUCUUCAGAGUCACAUAGUAAUCAUGGAUCAACCGCCCAAAACAUUCCGUUACCUGCCCCUUCCAAGUUAGCUGCCGACGUGCCUGAACCUUUAGAAACCAAAUCUGAAAUUAUACUUAGGCAUAAACCGAGUGACGAAAUCAUCCCCCAAGUUCCUAUCAAAGAAAAAAUAGAGACCCAUACAGAACUGAUGCUAGAACCAAAGUCUGAAUAUAUUGAGGAAAUGAAUGAGGACAGUAUUGAGGAUUUGACGUUAGAUGAUGAUGAUAUGAGUAAUAUGGAACACAUGGGAGAUGGCGCUGGGCCAAGUCAUGGCAAUAUGGGUGAAGGAUCAAGCCAAGGUUUUGGAUCUUGGCAAAUCGGUAAUCAAAGUCAAGAUGAAGUGUUUUUAGCGGCACAGGAGGCCGUUGGUGCACAUCGAGAUUCACAAGAUGUGGUUUGUGAAAUAUGCAAUUAUUUUUGA